UUCCUGGACGCGCCUGUACACCCGCCCAAAAUGCCAUUUGAACUCCACAUAUGGGGUCCCGCAUUUGGGCUCCCGUCGAUUGAUCCCGAAUGUGCCGCCACUGUUGCAUACUUCGCUCGUAUAAUACCACAAGGCCAAUGGACUCUUAUUGCCGAUUACGACACUUCUAUAAGCCCACAGAAUGAAUUCCCAGUAUUAAUAGAUGGUGCCUCGAAGACGACCGGUUUCAGCAACAUCGUAUCCUAUCUCCGCAAUCAUCAUUCCGGAGCUUACGACCUCGAUUACAGUUUGACACAUGAGCAACAGACAGACAGGACAGCAUACGUUUCGUUCCUCCGCUCCACUGCUGGCCCUCUCCUUGACCUUUUCCUGUACGUUUCUUCCGAGAACUACAAUGCCGCAACAUCUUCGGCGUAUACAGCAAUUCUCCCGUGGCUCGCAAACUACACGAUACCUCCCAAGAGGCGAGAUCUUGCACGAGCGAGAACAUCUCAUCUUGGCUUAAGUAGCUUAGACGUAGAUGAAGCUACGGAAGAAACACGUGGGCCUGGAAGCGGCACAGCCUCCUCAGAGUAUGAGGCCGCGAAGAGAGCUGCUGGGAUACCGACCGAGGGCCAGCCGAAGGCUCUCAAUCUAGGCCGAAGGAAAGGACUUGGUGGCCUACUUAGCUCGCCGAUAUACGCCGCGCGCUUCAAACUCGAUGCGCUGUCCAGUGAGGUCUUUGACCCAAUUUCAGAUCUUCUGGGGAAGAAAGAUUAUCUUCUUGAUGGGGACAAGCCUUCUAGCCUAGAUUGCCUUGCAUUCGGCUAUCUAUCGCUGAUGCUAUAUGCUCCCGCGCCCCAAGCGUGGCUCAAGGAAGCCAUAGGAACGAAAUAUCCUCGCAUAUUACGGUAUAUCCGGCGACUACGUGCAGAACUACUUGGUGGCGUAGAAAUCGAUUCCGCCUUGGUCUGGUCAAUCACAAACGGCAAAGACACGGAAACACCGCAAAAUCUGCCAUGGCAGCCACGUUGCAGACAAGGGCUAGUCACGUCUGCAGUCAAAGCAGCUAACCAAAUCAUGGGGAAUAUGCCUGUUGUGUCGGCAAUGGUACGAAAUCAAGUUGUAAUACAAGAUGAUGGAAAGUCACUCAUCAGUGCAAGCCGAUCAUCCCUCCCAAGCUCAUGGGUCUUGAACACAAUUGCCGCAUGUUCUGCUCUUGCAACAGCAGGUCUCGCUGGGCUCGCUAUACACCAACGGCGCAACCCACGUGAAGGCCUUCUUAUAUUCUGGGCUCUUCGUCCGUCGACGGGAUUCAACGCAUUUGGCGAAGCCGAGAGUUUUCUCAGUGUUCUGGCAGGUCAGAUGCAAGGGGGUGCUUCUAUGUAAGCUUUGAUGUGCACAGGGAAUGGAUGCAUUUGUAUUAUACUAGCAAGAAUUGGCGUUAUAUACCCCCUCUCUCGUGAUGAGGAAAACCUGGAUGUAACAAAGAACGCCUAGCAGUCGUUCUCCAAGAUUACCUUCCAACCAAUCCACUAUAUCAAAUUCUGCUGAUGUGGAGCUUGGUUGGUCGAUAAUACUUGUUUCCAGGCUGUUCCAAUGUACGAAGGCCUCAUUGUAGGUACAUAGACCUCCCCGAGAUGCAGCAAGACGAGCGUUCAUGCGCGGAAACCAGUUCU